ACUGGUAUAAUGAAAUCGUUCACCGUUAUUGCCGUGUUGGGCCUCGCUGCUGUCGCACAAGUGAACGCCCAGUGUGCCUGUGAUUCUACUGAUAACGUUUGUUUGAGCGAAUGUGUCGACCAUACACAGCAAUGUAUGAAUAAUUGCAGUGAUAACGACUGCUUUACGAGCUGUAUCCAUGAUCACUGGCCUGGCGGUGAUCCAAGCUAUACACCAUCCUACACCGCUAUCCCCACCGAAACCAUGAGUCCAUCUGCUACUGCAAGUGGUGUCUCUUUGUCGGACGCCUCAUCCACCUCACCGACACUGUCUCUUGCUUCGUCGGCUUCUUCCACACCCACAGCUUCCAUGACAAGCUCUGGUUUAUCAACGACAUCCGCUUCCUGGCCCUCUUCUAUUUGGCCCUCUUCCAGCUGGUCUUCGAUCACGGCAGUAUCAUCUGCUUAUCCUAGUUCCACGUCUAUACCAGCAUCCGGCACUCCCUCUGCAGUGGCUUCCUCGAGCGCAGCUGCCUCAGCUACCUCUGCAUCUUCCUCUUUACUAAGUUUUGCAUCCAACUCGAUCUUAAUCUCGGGAAUGAUCAUCGUUGCCGCCCUCAUUUGCUAAAUCAUACAUAUUUACAAAGCUUAUACUCUAUUCUGUCCUUGUUUCUUUUUGUUUUUGGGAUCUUUUGAAUAUUCGAUACGUUACGCUAUCGUUAGGUUGAGAAGCUUCCCCUUUCCUUCUGGCAUUAAUCAUCCCCCGCACAAAGCAGACUUCUCCAGGAGGAAAAAAAAAAAAAAAAAAAGAAGGCA